AUGAUUUUCAGUUGGGAGCGACAUAGCGGUAUGCUUGACUGGUAUGCCGACCAAUUUAAUUUUGUGGUGUUCAGCACUGGUGUGCACCCACAGGAUCGUUCUCAACUAAUUCUACAGUUCCGACCACCUGAUUUGUCAGAGAUCAUUGGUCCAAUUCGAGCAGAUCUCAUAAAGAUUGCUAAUCCUGGACCAACAGAGUUGGAACCGCUUCUGCAAGUGCAAAUCCGACAGAAUCUAUCCAACGAUCCAGUACUUUCGCUCAUUUCACCGGACGAACUACAACGGCAAAAUAUGCUUGAAGACGUUGCUCAGCUCAUGUUAGACAUUGAUAAAGUGAGUUCUGAUUACCAGAUUGUGUUCAGCUCGAGCACCCGGGAGCCUGGAGAAGUGGACAACCUGUUCAAUAUAUUGGGAAGAUGCAGUGUGCAGGCACCCGGAGCACUGGAGAACGUGGACAACCUGUUCAAUACAAUGGCGAAGACUAAGAGCCGGGAACAUCGUGAGGAACCCAUAUAA